GUUAUGGACAGACGGGUCCUCAGUGUCAGAGUCCAGGUUACGACUCCAUCGCCUCUGCUGUGUCAGGGAUGAUGCACAUCACAGGACCAGAGGGUGGCGAGCCGGUGCGUCCCGGCGUGGCGAUGACGGACCUGGCGACGGGUCUGUACGCACACGGAGCCGUCAUGGCUGCUCUGCUGCACAGACACAAGACAGGGGGAGGAGUCCACAUCGACUGUAACCUGCUGUCGUCACAGGUUUCCUGUCUUAGCCACAUAGCCGCUAACUUCCUGAAUGCAGGGAAGGAGGCGAAACGUUGGGGGACGGCUCAUGAGAGCAUCGUACCUUACCAGGGUUUUAGGACCAGAGAUGGACACGUGGUCGUCGCAGCAGGAAACGACAAACAGUUCAUCAAAGUAUGUGAGGUGUUACAGCUAACUGAGCUCACACAGCAGCCGCACUACAAUACCAACAAGCUGAGAGUCCACAACCGUCAACAGCUGAUACACACACUGUCCCAGGGGUUCCUUCAGGAAAAGACAGCUGAUUGGCUGAGGAGGUUUGAAGGAUCAGGUGUUCCUGUUGGACCAAUCAACAGCAUCCAGGAAGUGUUCUCUGAUCCUCAGGUAAAACACAACAACCUAAUACAGGAAGUGAAGCAUCCAACAGCAGGACGUGUCAGUGUGCCAGGUCCAGCCGUUCGAUACAGCAGCUUCGGUCCUGUUGGGCCGACGCCCCCACCUCUGAUUGGCCAGCACACUGUGCAGGUGCUGCGGGACACCUUGUCCUACAGUGAUGACAUCAUCAGUGAGCUGCUGGAGGCGCGGGCGGUGGCUCAGAACACAGUGUCCUGAUUGGCGGAGAAAAUAAAAUGUUAAUAAAAUGUUAACACAAAAAAUAACGCAAU